AGAGACACACACUUGGGCAAAGCCUGGGACGGCGUGACAGGAUGGCAGGUAUCUUUCUGCCCACAUCCCCAACAGCAGCCAACCAGUCAGAUGCAGGCAUGGUGACCUUGCCACUGGCCGACAUGCUGAGCAGCUCGCAGCCCGGCCCUCCAGCCACCUCCAUCAUGAACUCGGUGGCCGGCCAGCUCAACGCACUGCUGUCUGCCUCCAUGCCUGUGCCGCAGGCGGCUCAGCUCAGCAGCCUCUCGCCUGGCCCCAUGGCAGUGCCUCCCACUAGCACGCUGGCCAGCUCCCUGGGCCUAGCUUCUACCGGCCAUGUGACCACCACCAUGGCAGGGCCCCCAUCAGGCACGCUGACCACCUCCCUCGGCCUGCCUUCCACCGGCCCCCUGACUCCAAGUGGCCCCAUGGCGGUGCCCCCAAUGGGCACACUGACCACCUCCCUCAGCCUGCCUUCCACCGGCCCCCUAACUCCAAGUGGCCCCAUAACAGUGCCCCCAAUGGGCACGAUGACCACCUCCUUUGGCCUACCUUCCAGUGGCCCCAUGACCCCAAGCGGCCCCAUGGCUAUGCCCACAGCAGGCACGCUGACCACCUCCCUCGGCCUACCUUCUAGUGGCCCCCUGACUCCAAACAGCCCCAUGGUGGUGCCCCCAAUGGGCACACUGACCACCUCCCUCAGCCUGCCUUCCAGUGGCCCCCUGGCCCCAAGCAGCCCCCCCACGGCGGCGCCUCCAGCAGGCACGGUGACCACCUCCUUUGGGCUGACUUCAUCCAACCCCCUCACCCCAAGCAGCCCCCUGCUUGCCUCCACAAUGGCCCCAGUGGCUGUACCUCAGAGCCUGCUGGCCAGCCCCUUGGGCAACACGGUGACCUCGGAGUCCACAAGGGUGCGGCUGUCUGAGACCAUGCGGAGAUGUUCUUCUGGAUCCCAGGCCACAGGCACUCACGGCAAAGAGAACAUGAGGUCGUCCCAGGACUCGGCGGAGCCCCUCAGCGUGACCUUUGUGGGGCCACCAUUGCUCUCGUCCACCCCCACCAGCCCAGCGGCCUUCUAUGGCGCCUCUAAUGUGCGAACCCAGCCCAGUGCCCCCCAGGGGCAGGUGGUCGUCUGCACUGGCUCCAUAGUCUCUUGUGCCAGCUCCUCCGCCCCAGAUCCCAGGGAUUCUAUCCCCAACCCGCAAGCUGCUGCCUCCAACGGCGCUUCCCCUAGCGAGACGAACGUCGCCCACGGUGCCACCCGCUCGCCCAGCCGGCCCCGGGCCCCUUCCCACUCCCCGACUCGCAUGUCGUCCUUGCCGGCUUCGGUCAACGAUGCACGAGGGGCGCGCGCCUCGGAAACAUCGCGGAAGAGCGUCCUGGAGCUGGAGCGGAAGCUGGCCCACCGAAAGGUCAGCAAAUUCCAGGAGAGCCCCCGAGAGUCCCGGCAGAUGGCCUGGGAACGGCUGGUGGGGGAGAUCGCCUUCCAGCUGGACCGCAGGAUCCUGUCCAGCAUCUUCCCGGAGCGCGUGCGCCUCUACGGCUUCACCGUCUCCAACAUUCCCGAGAAGAUCAUUCAGGCCUCCAUGAGCCCCAGCGACCACAAGCUGGAUGAGGAGCUGUGCCAGACGCUCACGCAGCGCUACGUGAGCAUCAUGAACCGCCUGCAGAGCCUGGGCUACAACGGCCGGGUGCACCCUGCACUGACGGAGCAGCUGGUCAACGCCUACGGCAUCCUGCGAGAGCGGCCGGAGCUGGCGGCCUCCGAGGGAGGCUGCUACACUGUGGACUUCCUGCAGCACGUGCUGGUGGAGACUGUGCAUCCCGGCCUGCUCACGGACGCGCUGCUGCUGCUCUCCUGCCUCAGCCAGCUGGCUCUCGAUGACGGCAAGCCUAUGUUCAUCUGGUGACGCCGCCUCUGCUGGCAAAGCCAUUAAACCUCCCACUGCACUGGUGGUGCUGCCUCACCGGGGCCUCGCCUCACCAGGGCCCCUCGGUCAGCUGGUGCUCGACGGAAAGCCUGUGUUCAUCUGGUGAUGCCACCCCUGCUGGCUGGCCUGCUGGCCCGGGCCCGGGCCAUUAA